CGAUGUUCGACCAGUCCCAGAUUCAGGAGUUUAAAGAGGCCUUCACUAUCAUGGACCAGAACCGUGAUGGCUUCAUUGACAAGGAGGACCUGAGGGACACCUUUGCUGCACUGGGUCGCAUAAACGUCAAGAACGAGGAGUUGGAAGCCAUGGUGAAGGAAGCUCCUGGGCCUAUCAACUUCACAGUCUUCCUGACCAUGUUUGGGGAGAAACUCAAGGGCAGCCACUGUGCCGAGCUUUUUUAUGGGUCUUCCAGGCCGCAGAGCAGAGGCUCUCUCUGGGGACAAGGCAGGGAGUGGCUGGAUGAGGCACGGAUCCAGAAGAGACCAUACUACACGCCUUCAAAGUAUUUGAUACUGAAGGAAAAGGCUUCGUCAAGGCUGACUUCAUUAAGGAAAAGCUUAUGA